AUGUGGCUGCAGAACCUGCUUCUCCUUGGCACUGUGGUUUGUUGCAUCUGUGCACCCACCCUCCCGCCCAGCCCCGUCACCCGGCCCUGGAAACACGUGGAUGCCAUCAAGGAAGCCCUGAGCCUCCUGAACCACACUAGUGACCCUGAUGCUGUGCUGAACGAAACAGUAGAAGUUGUCCAUGACCAGUUUGACCCCCAGGAGCCGACGUGCCUGCAGAUCCGCCUGGAGCUGUUAGAGAAGGGCCUGCGCGGCAGCCUGGCCAGGCUCAAGGGCUCCUUGGCCAUGCUGGCCAGCCACUACAAGCAGCACUGCCCCCCCACCCCGGUGAGUGCCCUUGCUGGGAGCAUGGGGGCGGCUGGGGAGGCUGUGGCUGGUCAGGACCCAAGAGGUUUCUGUGUCGACAGAUGUACAAUGAGGAGCCCUGAGGAAUGCAGCAACCUGCACCCUUUCAACCCUAGGAGUCACAGCCAGGGAGCUCCGAAGCCCACAGUGCUCCCUCGUGGGAGCUGCUCCCUCCUUGUUCUUCUGUCAUUGCCAGUAAUGAGGUCAGGGCCUGCCCAAGGUCCGCAGGAAGUGCCAGGGCCCAGUGCUGCCUCCUGACAGGACUUUCCUGAGGGGCGCCUGGACUGCAUGGAAGCGAGGAGGAGGAACUUCCUGGAAAGGAUGAGGGCGCCAAACACCCCUUCUUCCUGAAGGAAGGGAGUAAGGUCUGGGUGAUGGGUGGCGGCCUCUGCCCGACCUCUGUGCCCUGGCCCCGGACCAAGGAGGCAGCUUAGGAGGGCACGCUGUCAGGGCACCGGCCCCAGCCACCCUCGGCAGAGCUGUGUAGCCGCCGAGCAGCUGCCCUGGGCAGCACAUGGGUGGCAACAAUGUCACCUGACCAACCCCCAGUAAUGGGCCUUCUGGCCUCUGAGUUCUUAGAGGCAAUGCAGAAAUGCGCUGCUGCCUCUCCACGUUACCCACUCACCUGGCCUCAAGUGUUUUUUAUUUUUCAUUUUUUCCUUAAGGAAACUUCCUGUAUGACCCAGAUUGUCACCUUCAAAAGUUUCAAAAAGAACCUCAAGGACUUUCUGUUUGCCAUCCCUUUUGACU